GCCAACCGUCGUUAAACCCCGAAGAAGAAGUUAACAGCACAGAAGUUAAUAACGAAAUGGCUUCGCUUCCUUUCGUUCGAGGGGCUCUACUCGUGUCGUUUUCGGUUCUUUUGACUGUAGUUCUGGGGUUCGGACUCCCAGCGUUGCUGAAUGCUGUCGCUAAAUGCUGUGGUUUUCCUGAGACCAGUGUGUCAGAGUGCAUAGUCGGGGUGUAUUUCAUUUUUGUACUCUAUGUCGCGACACCACGGAUACCCAGAGGAACGAUAGAGGUAAAGGGAAAGGCAGUAUUCAUCACAGGCUGUGACAGUGGUUUUGGUCAUGCCACGGCUAAGCACCUCCACAAACUGGGCUUCACUGUCUUCGCUGGAUGUCUGUUCAAGGAUAAGGGUGGGGAAGGGUCCAAGGAGCUGGAGGAGAUGCAGUCAGAUCGGAUGAAGGUGGUUCAGCUGGAUGUCUGCAGUGAGGAGCAGGUGAACAGAGCUGUGGACUACGUCAACACACACCUGGACGACUCACAGAGAGGUCUGUGGGCGGUGCUGAACAACGCAGGUGUGUCUACGUUUGGAGAGGUGGAGUUUACGACCAUGGAGACGUACCGACAGGUGUCAGAGGUCAACCUGUGGGGGGUUAUCAGGGUCACCAAGGCCCUCCUGCCCCUCAUCCGUAGGGCCAAAGGUCGUGUGGUCAACCUGGCCAGUAUGUAUGGGCGGAUGGGCAAUGCCCUGCGUUCUCCAUACUGCGUAUCUAAAUAUGGCGUGGAAGCGUUCUCCGACUGUCUACGUUACGAGAUGAAGGCCUGGGGGGUCAAGGUCUCCGUCAUCGAGCCGGGGAACUUCAUUGUGGCAACGGGCAUCCUGACCCGGGACAUUGUGGCGACCACUGCUGAUAAACUGUGGCGCGAGGCGCCCCCUGGUGUCCAGGAGGACUAUGGCCACGCCCACUUCGACAAACACAUGGCUCUGAUGAGGUCAUACUGUAGCAGCGGACAGAAAGAUGUCCAGCCCGUCCUAGAUGACAUCACCGACGCCAUCACGUCACGCCGCCCGUUCACGCGCUAUAACCCCAUGGAGCCUCACUGGUGGAUCAGGAUGCAGGUGAUGACACACCUACCGGCCGCCAUCUCCGACCGUCUCUACUUCUGAACUGGAGGAUCCCUGUCUCUGAUCGUCUCCAUACGUACAGUGUAUCCUAUUGCAUUAGGGUUCCGUUCCACUUUAGUGUCUAAAAUUGGGGAAUUCCCUAUGGAAAAUUACAAGCGAUCGAUUCUCAAUAUGUUAAAUCUAAUUUGAAUGAAUUUCCUGACUUGACUGAUUUAACAAUUUCUGUUCUUCUUGGAUCAUGAGGUCCAAGGCCCACUGCUGUAGCUAAGGAUUCCUUCACACUGGAAAUCUCAGUGAUUGAGCCAUUUUGAACACUAUGCACUAUUGUCCUAUCUACAAUAUAUACGUUAUUCACCCCCUUGGAAACGGGAUCUUUUCUUCUUCUUAAGUAAUACAUGAAGCUGUAAUAUUCAAGUGAUGAAGCCGAUGUUUGGAGGUUAUAUUGGCGCGGGUGUUAGGCCCGAGGUGAACACCAGCUCCCAGGGCAUUAUCACUUUUAUGCGGGUUAUUAACAUAUUUUCAUAAACAUUACUUUGAUGAAUUUACUCAUACAGUUUCAUCCUUCCACGAGAUAUAGUCCCGACGCAAAUCUAGGGUUGCUACCCAAGCCGGCUGGUUGGUCAUUCUAUCGGUUCGGGUUGCCAGAGACGCGACCCAGUCGUUGUCCUUUUGUUCUGUGUAUAGGGACGCGACCCAGUCGUUGUCCUUUUAUUCUGUGUCUAGGGACGCGACCCAGUCGUUGUCCUUUUGUUCUGUGUCUAGGGACGCGACCCAGUCGUUGUCCUUUUGUUCUGUGUCUAGGGACGCGACCCAGUCGUUGUCCUUUUGUUCUGUGUCUAGGGACGAGAACCAGUCGUUGUCCUUGUUGUUCUGUGUCUAGGGACGAGACCCAGUCGUUGUCCUUUUGUUCUGUGUCUAGGGACGAGACCCAGUCGUUGUCCUUUUGUUCUGUGUCUAGGGACGAGAACCAGUCGUUGUCCUUUUGUUCUGUGUCUAGGGACGAGACCCAGUCGUUGUCCUUUUGUUCUGU